UCACUCUUUUUUUUUUCUUCUUCUCAUUGUAUAAUAUUUUCCCCUGAUUAAAUACAAAAUUAUUCUCCAUAAAGACAAAACCUUAUUGGGUUUGUCGUUAAUCUUCUGCCACGCGCCGACCUCGCAGUGUAAUGGAAAUCUAUGAUCUACAAGAGAUCUAGUUAAAAUCCUACUUGGCCUACAUUAAUAAGAAGUUUCUAUUUUUAACACUUUUUUCCUUUCUUCUUUAAUUUUGGAGACGCAGACAGGAAGGAAGAUUAAUGCUAAUCACUCACUAGUUUGUGCAAAAUCAUAUCAGAUUAUAAAGUGUGUAUCGGGUUCGUAGAUGAAACCUUCUUCUGGAUAGGGAAUUGAUUCUUGGUUCUUACUUAACCAUGGUGGAGCCUUACGAGACACGCAACAACAACAACAACGGUGAACCAUAUCACCAGGGGGGAUACAACAGAACAUCAUCAUUAUCAUCGCCAUUGCUGGAUUUGAGAGUGUUCUAUGUCAGAAUCAGCAACUUCAAGGCGGAUGAUUCCACAACACCUGAUGUCCUCACCAUCACUUACAUCCCUCUUGAUCCUGAUUCUCUUCUCGAGAUCAACGGUGUUCGAUGCUCUCGAGGAGUUUCCUCUCAGCUAAGGAGAGACCGUGUUGAUAAGAGAUCAGAAGCGGUCACCUUUAUCAGCACAGACAGUAUCAGGUUAUCCGGUAGUGUGAGGUUCGAGGUGUGUGACAGAGAUGAGCUUGUUUUGUCUGGGACGUUAGACAUGUCCGGUAGUAAUGGUUUCACAGGGAAGUCUACUAAGCGGUGGAGGAUGAACUGUGAAGCUGAGAUCACUGCAGGGUCUGGUUUCUUGAAGGAGAAGAAACACAUUGGUUGUUGUUCUGAGGAGUUGUCAUCUCCGUUGCCAACUGUUGAAGUCUAUGUCACUGGUUGCUUCUCAGGAACACCUAUCAUCUUCACAAAGACGCUUCAGCUCGGUUUCAGGAAGAAGCAGCAGAAUAGAGUGACUGCUUUAGAUUCAAUUCCUGAGUAUGAUGAAACCGGCGAGCCUCACAAAGGCAACUCGUCUGAGCUUGAUUUUCAGAAUACGGAAGCUAUAAACAAGGUUAUGAAGGAGGAUAUGGAGACAUGUAUUUGGGAAGAGAGUAUGCAGAUGUUGAAGAUGGCGAAAUGUCAUGGUUUAAUGCUGGUGUGAGGGUUGGUGUUGGGAUUGGUCUUGGUGUCUGUGUAGGUCUCGGCAUUGGUGUUGGCCUUCUGGUGCGAACCUAUCAAUCAACCACCAGAAACUUCAGAAGAAGACUCAUCUAGUAGUUUCCAGUUAAACACUGCCUCAAGCUUCCUUCACCUUAUUUUUGACUGUAGUACAUCUCUAAGCUAUAGAGUCUAAUAGCCUUAAUACUUCUCUCCAGUAUUAUAAUCUUUCUUCAUCUGUGUGUGUGUGUUUUGAGAUUUGUUAGAUUGAUACUGAAUGAAACAAAGCUUCUCUGCUUCCUGUAAAUAAAUGCUUUUUUUUUA